GGUCAUCAUCGCGUAUUAUGUUUUACAUGUAUAUUAAACAUUAAUAUACUGCACACACGUAUACAUACAUCAACCACGGUAUACGUAUAAUAUAACAGACGUCAGACACACGCACGCACGCACACGCACGCGUUCGCGAGCAAAUUUAACUUUUUACGACGACCGCGGUGCACAUCACGAGUAAAUGAUUUUUUUAUUUUUUUUCUAAAUGCACCGACCUAGCCCCGCACAGUUUAAAUUAUCAUAAUCUCUUAACAAUCCUUAAUUGGACGGGACCGUUCGGGACGUCGAGAGCACCGCGCACCAAUACACAUUCUCAUACAGUCCCUUGGUCCCGUCGCGUCAUGAUCUCGCGUUCGAUAUUAUAAUAUACCUAAAAUUGUUGUACACGCGCAUUUGCUACUACGCCAUCCAAAGUCGCGUCUUGGUUUCGUAUGGUAUAAUAUUGUACGGUUUCGCCCGUUCGUCCGAUAAUUUCGUUUACCUUUGAUGUGAUUUCAUUUCGUCCGAUUUUUAAACAAACCCUUUUUUACCCCUUACUCCGGUCAAAAAUGUACCGUCUGUUUUUGGUACUGUGUUUGUGUUACGGUUUGCCGGGCUAUGCGUCCUCGGAGGAAACAACCACUUCGGUGUACGAACACUGCGGCAAUCUGCAGUUACAGGAAAACAUUCAAAUUAAAUUGAUAACUGGUACGUGGUAUGUAAUUGAAAUUCUACAACAUAAAACAAACGAUAAACUAUAUAAUGGAGAGAAAUUUGAAGUACCCACUUGCCCUUCUGUUUUCCUAACGCUUGCGGGUUCAGAUACUGAUCUUAAAUUGUACUGGAACGAAGAUACAGGCGACAUUGAAUAUCUGUUCAAAAUUAAAGACAGAUCAUCUCCAGGAUUUUGGCUGUCGUCUGGAUCACAGAAUGGCACACUAGUGCAGGUGACCACCUACGACCAGUUCGCGGGCAUGGUAUACGUCCGGAAAGCGAUAAGCAAUCACAUGGUGUUGACGUUCUGCUCGCCGAACACGCAGCUGUACAGCGUGGUGUUGGCCAGGGACAAGACGCUGGACGCCAAGGAACUGAAGAGCAUCGUGAACCACAUGCACCUGCAAAAGUUGCCCAUUACGCAGACGAAACGCACGUGUCGCAGCUCGGCGUCCACGGCCCGGGCUACCGCUUGGAUGACCACCGCGUUCUGCUUGACGUACCUGGCGUGGUACAUGCGCGUCCACAAAUAGGUCGUAUCCGCGAGCGUCACGCGCCUAUAUUAUACACGUCGGGGCAAACGGACGCGCAAAAACACACACACCCAUCCACAAACACACACACACACACACACACAUGCGGGCGCAGGGUCGGCGUCGGUCGAGGUUUGCGAGGGGCUAUAAAUGCAUUAUAAAUUAUAACAGUCGACGACUUAAACUCGGGAUCGCGCUACAGGUGGCGUUCAGAACAAUUAAUAAGAUAAUUAUUAUUAUCAGGUAUAACACUAUUGUUUCCGAAUGCGAUGCCCGAAGCUGACGACUUUAAUGUUUCAUUUCACUUAAAAUACAAUCCGUAUUAUGAUAAUGUGCAGGCAAUACCUAUAAGUCUUAUCAUACCUAGGAUGUAUCAAAUAAUUUACUACCCACCAACAUUCUAUAAUUAUACAUUUCGGGUACCAGCUCUUUCUACUCGCGUAUAUUUGUAUACUGAAGCAGUGAAUCAGUGGUGGGAUUGGGUGGAUCACCCCCCCCCCUCUUGGAAUUUUCGCCACCACUAUACAUUAUUAAAAUAUUAGCUACAACCACGGACUAAGAUAUUAUAUAAUGGACUGGAAACGACAUGGUUUGAGGGAGUCAAGCGACGGCCACCAAAAAGUUCCUCACAGCGGGGACCGAAUGUUUUCAGCGUUACCGGUGGUUUUAUUUGAGUUCACAUUUUGUAUUUUGGCACGGUCUAAGAUAGAAUGGAAUAGCAUCGUCUAGGUGAAGGGAGCAAAAGCAGAACUCAUAAACGUCUGGUAAAUUUCAUGUUUUAUGGGACCUUAACUGUUACUGAGCGAAUGGUGGUUGAAUUUAAAACUAUUGAAUAGAUAUAGGUACCAUAUUAUCUAGUCCGUAGGUUAAAAUUAAAACCACCAUGUGUGCUGAUAUCAGUGUAGGUCUCAUAACACCUGACAUUUGUGGUCCACCGAAAUUGUUUCGAUGCCAGUCCAUUAUAUCUUUGUCCGUGUUUUAUAUAUAUGGCGUUGUAAACUCUCGGUCCCCAUUGCGACCCCCCGGUCCUCUUGCCUCUUGUACGUACAUUCGUGGCAAGAAUAUAUUAUGUGGUAUACUCGUAGUUAUAAUAAACAGUAUUUCACCAUAUUCGUUCCCACACAAAACUUUUUAUAUUUAAUAUUUUUAAAUAAUAUUACUGCGUAUUAGACGGUAUAGGUACACGGUCAUGGUGCUAUAAAUAUUCACGACUUUUUUGGGCCCCCUAAACCCCCUUUCACUCCGACCCUGCGAACACACACAAAUGACAAUACUUAAAACGAUAGGAAAGGAAGAAAAAUAAAAUCAUUGGUUUUAUAUUAUAUACAAUAUAAUAUACUCAAUUAUAAAAUACAAAAAACGCAUACCUUCCAUACCCAACAUUGCGUUGUUACCCGAACACAUAAUGAUGACAUAAUAAUAUAACUACCUAUAAUAUGUGUAUCAUGCUCAAUUUAAGUUGUGCAAUAAUAUCGUUAAAAUUUAUCAAUUCCGUUCAAUUUGUACUUUUGCUUAAUUUUUCGGAUCUCUUUAGUGCAUAGUGAUUUUGUUUUGUUGCGUACCUACAUGCUAUAAUCUACCUAUAAAUUAUAAUAUUGUUUUAGUUCACACAUUUACUAACGUUUAAUUGGACGACUACUAUUAUAGCAGUACCUACUAUAACAUUAUAAUUGCACAAUGUUGGGUCACCUUUUUUUUGUGUAAUUCAUCUUCUUAAAACUAAUGUAUUGUUACAAUAACUACUUAUAUAUAAUAAUUAUUUAAUAAAACUAUUUGUAAAUUGAAGAAAAAAUGUUUUUUAUAAAAUUGUAUUAAAUCAAAUGUUUAUUACAAAUACUUUAUAUUGAUAUAUCUAUAUAAUAUAAUAUAUUUUGCAGUAAUCUAAGCAGCUAUACAACAGCUGUGAAGUAUGUUAGCUUCGCGCAAAUUUGUAUACUUUAUUCAUAUAAAUAAUAAAGCACAAUAUGUAUAUGUA